CAAAUAUCAACUAAUGGAACCUUAUUGUGAAGUUUUAAAAUAUCUAAAUUUGUGUUUUGAAGAUUAACCAAAGUUCCAUAUGCUUUGGAAUGACAUGAUCAUGAGUAAAUGAUGACAGAAUAUAAAUUUGGGGGUGAAUUAUCCAUAUAACAACCUUGAAUAAAAGCAAAACAAGGUGUCCAGAUCUUGUCUAAGCUUCAUUAAUGAACCUGUCAGAAUGUUCACCACUGAAUAUUUACCAGAAGUAUUUAAAGGGAUAGUUCACCCAAAAAUGAAAAUUAGCUUGUAAAUUUCUCACCCUCAAGUCAUCCUAGGUGUAUAUGACUUUCCUUUUUCAGACGAAUCCAGUCGGAGUCAUAUGAAAAAUUGUCUUUGAUCUUUCAAACUGUUUAAUGGCACUCAGAGGAUGUUGCAGUGCUUCAGUCCAAAAGAAGUGAAAUAAAAAGCGCUCAUCCAUAAAAAAAAUGUCUCACACAUCUCCGGGGUGAACAAAAGCCUCCUGUAGUGAAUCGAUGCGUUUUUGUAAGAAAAAUAUCCAUAUUCAAAACGUAAUAAUCAUUUUAAUGUAGCUUGCACCAUCAGUUGUACAUGGAAGCAGCUCCGGGAGCAUGACGUAUGAGGUCAGCAUUAAGAGUCUGUAGUCCUUAAGAUUUCAUAGUGUUUAAGAUUAUUUCUAUUUAUUUAUACAUAGCCUGUCAACUUAUAUGACUCAGUAAAUCUGAAAAACAGUAGUUUAAGCUUAUUAACGAAACAACAGAAUCAUCUCUCUAAUAUUACCAUGUAUUUGGCUUUUUUCUAUACUUUUCAUUUCUUUUAAUUUUUGUAGUUUUUAAUUUAUGAAAGAAUGAAAGAUGUGGUUGUCCUGUGACUUAAUGUUAAAAUGACUCAAAGCAUCUGGAUAAACUGAUUUGUUAUGAAAAGUAACAAAUGAAAUUUGUUGUAAUAACAUAAAUUAAUAAAAACUUUUAUAAAUGAACUGUUUUCAACAGCUAUUCUGAGUUGGAUUUAUCAUCUGGUGCUGUUUUGUAUUCAGGUUUGAUUAGCUCUGAGCAACAUCAGUGGUCUGAAAUUGCAAAGAUCAUGUGAUUCCAUACGGGAAGUUUCACACUCAGUUCUCUGAGCUGAAAAAGCAUCUUUUGAUGUAGUUCAAAUAUGUCAUUUUUAAUUAUUAUUAUUAAACUAUACUAUAAAACUAAUAACUUGUUUGCAUUUUUGGGCAGCAUUUUGCACGUCAUCUGUUUGCAUCUAAAACUGUAUUAAAGCAAGUUUGGUAACUUUUAUGUUUCUGUCUGACAGGUCUUCAAGCAGGAGAAGACUGUGGAACAGUAGGCUUUUAAACAAUCUCCUUGACAUAACACUGUUUUGUUAUGCAUUUGGGUGCACUGACUUUAAAAACUUUAUAAAACUUUUAACACACUAAGAAGGCACUUUCUUGCCUUUAUUGCAAUGUUUUGUUUGCUUUCCUCACAAUUCUAUAUAGUCUAUAAGUCCUAAAGCCUUGAUGUUGUGGUAUCAGAUCCGUGAGUAUCGGGAUGCAGAUUACUCCGCUGUGAGGACGAUAUACUCCACUGGGUUCAGAGAGCAUGUUGGAAUUGUGUAUCUUCUGGCCCUGAAGCAACCAUCCAUUCAAUCUAUGCUGUGCGGAGUCUUCCUUCUCAUCCAUAUCCUCUCUGGCUCCAUCCUGACCGGCAUUUUGGGUAUCGGAGGGGUUAUGCUGGCUGUUCGGAUGUCAGUGCAGUAUAUUUUUGAGCAGAGUAUUCAGCUUGGUCUUAGAGAGGAUCUGUUGGACAUCAGGAACUUCUACAUACAGCCUGGAAGUAGGAGCUGCUUUUGGGUUGCAGAACUGAAAGGGUCUAUUGUCGGGACGGUGGGCAUUUUGCCCUGUGUAGAGGAGCCAGGUGCUUGGGAACUGAAAAGGAUCUCUGUGAAAAAGGAGUUUUGGGGUUGUGGCCUUGCAAAAGCUCUUUGUAAAACUGCUUUGGACUUUGUUGCUAGGCAUAAUGUGAAGAGAGUGUGUUUUUUCACCUCUAUGGUCCAAACCAAUGCUCAUAAGCUUUAUGACAGCAUCGGGUUUGUGUGGCCAUCACCUCCUGCCAGGCUGAUCAAUUUCAUGGUGUUUAAAUUUGCACACAGAAAUGGUGGUGUCAUGACAUGUUAAAAAGAUUGUAUUCAUAUCUGUCAAGAUACCUUUG